AUGACCACCGCUGACGACUUGUUCGGCGAUGUGGAAAUGGGUACCCUUAUAUCAUGCCCAGUUUGCCGUGAUACCUUCAACUUGAACGAAAGGUGUCCGCUCAACAUUCCAUGUGGGCACACAGUUUGUACUCAAUGUUCGAACUCACUAUUACCACAUACGGGGGCACCAGUGAUGAUGUGUCCAGUAUGCAGAAAGAAACACAUUGGCCAGAUUCAGAACGGAGUAUGCAGAUUUCCUUUUCCAAAAAACUUCCAACUCUUGGAGGUGAUUGAAAAAGUUGUAAGUCUCAAGCAGAGAGCAGACAAGACACGAGCAGAGCGACGUAGUGUCAAAUGUAUGGAUUGCAAGAAGACAUUUGCAGAUGAUAUGUGCACUACGUGUAGUUGUGUUCUCAUACAUUCAAACAACGACUUCGAUUUCUUGGGCCGCGCAACAAACAAAUUGAUUUGUGUAAGCUGUGUGCAUGACGGACAUAAAAAUCACGACGUAAAACCGAUGGAAGCAGCAGCAUCCGACAACAGACAUCAAAUUAAUCAGCUCAUGGCAGCUGCAGAAAGAGCUAAGAACAAGAUUGAGGGAGCUAAGAUUUCGUUGAACAACUGCCUAGACGAGCUGAAUCAAGUUUGUGGAAUUGUCGAUCAACUGUUGACUAGUGUGAAAGAACAUUCAAAAAAUGGUAAUCUCAUCUGUUUAACUUCAAAGUCUACAGUGAAAAUCAAAUCACUCGAAAACAAUGCUUCGGAUAUUGCCAAAUCUGCUCACAAAGACGCCACGAGCCUUGGGAUCGAGUCUGCUGCCCUUCAGGAACUCUUAUCACGUACUAACAACAGGGUUUCGGAGACUGGGCUCCGACCGUCUGGGGAUCGUAGACCUCCAAUUCUUGAUAAUCGAAGACCCGCACAGCAGAAUCCAGUAGCAGCAAGAGAUGCUGUUCCAGUCGCUCAAGUCGCAGAACAAGGUGUUGCUCAGCCCCCACCGGAGAAUGUGGGUCUAAUUCGAGCUGAAGAGGCUGAACCGGAGGCUCCACCAAUGGAAGAAGACGCGGACGUGGAUAUCUUAAUACGUAUAAGAGAUGACGCACAGCGAGAGGGGCGAGUUCGAGAAAUUAUGGAACAGUUGAUGAGAGAAAAUCCUGAUGCGGCUCCAGUUGGAGGUGCUUUUCAAGUUCCCAACGGUGAGCGCAUCGACGAACGCUUCAAUGGGCUCGUUCAAGGAGUGUUCCAUUUUUUGGAUGACAUGGUAGCUAGAGAGCCAAAUAACGGACAAGGUGCCGCUGACGGAAAUGCCGAUAAUGAUCAACUGCUUGAUGAGAUUGUCCUACUCGAACGUGAUAAUCGAAACGAAAACCGACCUCAUCUUGUCAGACGGCGAAUUCAAGUCAGGUUCCAAAUUCAAAACGAACAGCCACAAAAUGAAGAAGCAAGAAAUGAAGAUCCAGUUCCAAUGGAUGUAAGAGACGAUGACGAAGUUAUUAUUGUCGGUCCAGCAAUCCCAGAUGAUGCCGGCGAAGCUGUAGUUAGACGAGGACGAGGAAGACCUCCAGGAAGAGGAGCGAGAGCUAGAGAAGAGCAAGCUAUGGCUGGAGGUAACGGUGCGAGAAGAGGAGCAGCUGCCGUGGCUAGAGGGAACGCUGCGAGAAGAGGCGAUGCUCCCGCUGCUGGGCGAAACGUUGCUGGAAGACCAGCAGCUCCAGUGGCAGGAAACGCGAGAAGAAGAGGAAGACCCGUUGCUGCGCGCCACAAUCCAAUUAACCAGGAUCUCAGAGGCGGACGUAGAAACCGUCGUCAAAGUAACUAA